AUGUUGAAAACUAAGAGAAAAAGUUCUGAAGAUAACUCAGGUGCAUCGAAAAAAAAGAAAGUACAAUUCAAUGAAUCAAAAAAUAACCCAAAAGAGAAUGAUUUUACUAAAAAAGAAAAUAGGGACUAUAACCAAGAAAAGAAAAAAAUGAAAAACAAACUUAAUGGAGAUAUGAAAACUAAACCACCUAAGCCUGAACUUAAUAAAAAAGCAAGUAAAUUUGGUGCACAAUCAGGCAAGUUUAUUAAAAGUAGCAAAGGAAAAUUUAGUAAAGUUGGAAAUGCAACAGUCAAACCAAACCUAGCAAAGGGUAAAUCUACUAAGGAACAAGAGCAUACCGAGAAACCAAAAUGGGCUGAAAUGAAAAAAGAAAAGAAAAAUUUAAGACUUAUUCGGCGCAAAGCAAAAGCUACUGCAGAAAUAUUUGAAAUUUCACACAAAGCAAAACUAUUAUCUGCACAAAUACAGAGAAAGGUAGUUAAGCAGGAAUUUAGAAUGAAAGCCUGUAAGGAACUUCACUGUUUACUCAAAGGACAAUACAAAUCUAUAGCCUUAACUCAUGAUUUAAGCAGAGUCAUACAAGUACUACUCAAGCACAGCCCUGAAGAUAUUAAAAAUGAAAUAACGGAAGAAUUACUGGACAUUAUGGUACAAAUGAUGCAGUCAAAGUAUGCACAACAUGCUGUGAAACGCAUCAUGAAAUACGGCACCGACUUUAUACGUCAUGAAGUCAUAAAAAAGUUAUUUGGUCAUAUUGUGUCUUUGGCAACACACACUAUAAGCGCUCCAGUAUUGGACUAUGCAUAUGGUGAAUUUGCUACAAAAAAAGAGAAAAUCUACAUGCAACAAGAAUUCUAUGGUGAAAUAUAUAAAAAUUCUAAAGAUGACAAAUUAAAAACUCUCAGUGAUGCUUACAAAGGGACACCUGAAAUGAAGACAGCUAUUUUACAAGCAUGUAAAGCAAAUAUACAGAAAAUUUUAGACAAAAACCUUCAUGAUAGCGAGUUAUUUCAAACUGUAUUAUAUGAUUACAUCCGUGAGUGUACACCAGAAGACAAAGUAGAGCUCAUUUCAACUUUAAGUCCGCUAAUUGUGCCUCUCAGCAACUCACUGCCGGGUGUCAACACAGCCAGUAUAUGUGUAUGGCAAGGAACAAACAAAGACAAAAAGACAAUACUGAAAGUGGUAAAAGAGCAUGUUGUAUCGCUGAGCAAACACAAAACUGCGUAUCGUUUACUAAUAACAAUAUUCGACGCCGUCGAUGAUACCGUUUUAGUAAAGAAAGCCAUCAUAUCUACAUUAGCUAGCAAUUUGAAGGAUAUUGCAAAAGAUCAUUGGGGUAAAAUGGUGUUGCACUGGCUUGUUAAACCCAAGGACCCGGCAGCGUUCCAUCCCAGUUUCAUAAAGUUCCUAGAAGACGGCGCUAAGAGUGGCACAUCCAAAAAAGACGCAGAGCUUCGCGUAUCAGAGUUACGGGAAGCGAUUCUUCCUAUUUUAAAGAAAGAUAUGGAAUCUGAACCAGAGUUCUGGCUGAGUAAUAAAGCUAACUUCCUGUUGACUGUAGCAGUGUUGUCAAUAGAAACAUCAAAGGAAAUCUUAGAAGCUUUGGCUAAAGUCAUAUGUCAGUCGGAUUGGGUCAUUAAGAUUGAAGAUAAAGAAGUGCUGGCUGUAGAAGACGCGGGAAUACACAUGUGUCUAAAGAAACUUGCUUGUUUGGAUAACGGCAGACCUGAAGGGACUCUGGGUGAAGUAAUGUGUGACCAUCUGAAUGAUGAUGCUAUUAAAGUUUGGAUACCAACUAAUAGAGGAUGCUUCUUUCUCCUCAAGUUGAUUGAAAACAAUGAAGAAGAGAUAGCUAACAAACUUAUUAAGAAGAUCAAAACACAUUCAAAUCUUAUAAAGCAACAGUCAUCUGAGGGUGCUAAACUAUUGUUACAGAAAAUUCGGAAAUAA